CAUCAGCAUCAGCAUGCGGGCAUGAGGCAUCGCGGGCAUGCCACGCACGCACGCAUUCACGCACGCACGCAUGCAGGUCAUCCACGACUCAUAGUUCCUGCUGAGCAUCAUCACCCACACAAGCGACUGCUCCACUACUCCACCACUUUCGCCGCCGCGCUCCUAUUAGCUCAACAUUCACCUCAUCAACAACGCACAUCUCCAUUUACAUCAGCUAGUCUCGAUUUGGUGUGCUUCGGCUUCUGUGGGCUCCUCCUCCCCCCCCACGUAUCCGGCUCGGGUAGAUGGUCACAAGCGCUCAGCCACCUCACUUGCCCCUCAGUGGAUUAGAGUCAGCCUAGUAGUAAAAGGCGCUCAUCCCCCCUCCACGGCCGCGAUCAAACGUCCCCCACAAUGCGGCCAACACCUUCCCAGCGUCGACGUUCGGCGGCAGCGGCAGCGGCGGCCGCCACCGAUAGUGCUGGUACAGAGGCGAGCCCCAACUCGGCCACUACGGCGUCCGCAUACAAGCGCCAAGUGGGCCAUCCUACGCAGCAGCGCAAGAGGAAUGGUCUAGGCCCGCUGCAAGCCUUUCAGACUCCAUCGGGAUCCAAGACUCCCUUGCUGGUGGUGCUGUGUUUGCUGCUGCUCUUGCGCAUAGCAAGUCGGGCAUGGGCUGCAGAGGAUGAGCAUACAGCCGCACAAGCUAUCCGGCAGCAGCAGCGGCAGGAGCGAGGCUGGCGGUCAGACUCGCGCAACGCAAAAGCGGCGGCACUACUCUUCAACUCUCCAGCGUAUCGCGGUCAGCCUGGUGGUCUGUUGCACGACGUUCUAGCCGGGCCGAGCGGAGGCAUGCUCAAGGUGCAGCAUCCCGGUUCAUCCGGCAAGACGAGCGGCAAGUCUAUCGCAGCAGAGGACGAGAUCUGCAGACCGACGGGGCAGAUCGAGGAUGCGUGCUGCGACUACGAGACGGUGGAGCGACGGAUGAACACUGCCAAAUUCUUUCAGACGUUGCAAGGCUUGGUGGAGACGAGGUACUUUAGGUAUUACAAGGUGGAUCUGUUCAAAGACUGCCCAUUCUGGUACGAGAAUGGUCUGUGCAUGAACAGAGCUUGCGCAGUAGAGAAGGCGGAAGAGGACGAAGUACCAGACCAGUAUAGAGUGUCUCACCUGUCCUCACUCUCCACUGCCGAUCACGCCGAGGUCUUUCCACCCGCGGUGCAGGGCGAGGAUGACUCCCUCAGUGGAUCCAGCUGCUCUUGCCGCGAGACGGACUUUUGUCACUGGGAAGACGAGGAAGAAUCUCCUGAAGCAUCUUGGGUAGAUCUCGUCAAAAAUCCCGAAAGAUUUACGGGCUAUGCGGGAAAGUCGGCGCAGCGCGUUUGGCGCUCCAUCUACGAAGAGAAUUGCUUUGGCGCCCCAGGGGCAGGAGCCGCCUUGUUGCCCUCGUCAUCGUUGGGCUACGUGAGCAAGAGUCAGCUCAGCUCGCCUGCAGGGCUGCCCAAUUUGAUGAGCAACUUGGCCUCUCCACCAGAUGCAGGAGCGUCAGAGCAGUGUCUAGAAAAGAGAGUCUUCUAUCGCAUCAUCAGUGGUCUGCACGCCAGCAUCAACAUUCACCUGUGCCACGACUACUUGCUGGACAACAAGCAGUGGGGACCCAAUCUGGAAUGCUUCGUCACUCGCAUCGCUCAACAUCCCGAACGGCUGCAGAACGUAUACUUUAACUACGUCCUGCUGCUCCGCGCUCUGGCCAGAGCAGGCGAUUACGUCGACGCCUUUGUGCUGCGGCCGGGAGACGCGAUCGCCGAGCUCGAAACGCGCACACUCCUGUCCAGCCUUGUCUUGCAAGCCAGAUCAUGUCCGCCGAGCUUUGACGAGGGAACAAUGUUUGCGGGACCGGAUGCCAAAAAUCUCAAAGUGGAGUUCAAGGAGAGGUUCAGGAAUGUGUCGAGAAUCAUGGAUUGCGUGGGCUGCGACAAGUGCAGAUUGUGGGGAAAAUUGCAGGUCAAUGGCAUUGGCACCGCAUUAAAAAUCUUGUUUGGCCACGACCGCAGCGAUUUCGAUCCCGCACGCAAUCCCGAGCUUUUGGCCAGGAGCGAACUCGUCGCGCUGAUCAACACUGUACAUCGCUUCGCAGAGAGCCUGCGAGCUGUAGCGACAUUCAGAGACAUGUAUCAGGACCAACUUUCAGCGGACAAGAGCGCCGACUCGGUCCAGCAAGCUUCAAAGGCCCAAUCGCCUGCGGAGCAAGUCCAAGGUCUCAGCACUGGGCACAGCAACGUCCCUCAGGAGCCCUCCGCUGCCCCAUCUUCGAGCUUCGGAUCAGAAGUGCCGCAAUUCGCGCGGGCACCUCGCUCGAGCUGGACCGCUACCGGCAAUCACACCAAAGCCGACAUUCAGCGGGAUGGCUUCAGCGUGUUCGAAAAAGCGCUGCAGGCAUGCGAAGCAUCCUGGGCUUUGUGCGUCGCUUGGUUGGCAAACGCCUGGCAGAGGGUCUUGGCUGUCAAGGAUGUCGUGGUGACCCCCUACGCCGCAUUCGGACCGAGAUCCGGUCCAGCUCGAAAGCAGGACGAGUUGUAAGGCGCGUCCCAUGCCAGCACCCUUUUUGCAAUGUGGCUGCUUGUGCAAUUUUGUAAUGUUAUCGCAUGC